AUGCCCUACAACGUCACCGAAAAAGAAACACAGCCAACCCUCUGGAACCACAUCAACGGCACCCCCGAGGAGAUCCUCGACCGCCACUGCGUCGCCGAACUCGCCAGGGGAUGGCCUGUAUACCGCGACUCGUCUGAAUGGACGCAUUAUCGGGAUUGUUUUGCUGAGGAGGGGGGUUACAUUUUUACGACAUGGAGCGGCGGCAUGCCCAUUGACGAUUUUAUCCAAACGUCAAUUGACGGCCGCGCAAAGGGCGACUUCAUAAUGCACCGCGAAAACGGGACGCUGGUCGACCUCAACCCCAGAACCGCGCGCGCCGUCGCGAAGAUGAAGGCGACCAUCACGCAGCGGUUCCACAGCACCGACCACGGCGAUGAUAUCGAGUACGACGUCGAGUGUGACUGUCGAUUCAUCGUGUUCUGUAAAAAGGUCUCUGCGACGCCAGGCCCGCCGGCGUGGAAGAUCAAGUAUAUGAAGUUGAUUUAUGAGAAGGACCGGGUUGUCCCCGUUGAUGGGGCGACUGUGCCGAGGUUUGACAAAGGCGAGUUGGGGAGGUUUCCGUAUGGGUAUCGGUAUUUGGGGGCGAGUCAGGCGAGGCUGGGGCAUGAGGUUUUGACGGAUUUGCCGGUUUUGAAUAAUAAGGGGUUCUUUAGGAUGUAUGAGGCGAUGGAUAAGUGGUUGAAGGGCGAGGAUAUCGAGGGAUUGCUGAGAAUUAACCAGUAA